AUGGUUCAGUACUACCAGAUCGCCGGCAAGAAGAUCGGCUCUCAUGUCCUUUCCAUGAGCGUCCUGGGCGCUCUCUUCGGUGGCUCCUACCUUGCCUUCAGCGGUGGUGAGAAGAAGAAGACGGCGGCGGGUCCUCCGAUCAGCGCCUCUUCCAAGGACGAGGAGACCUUCAUCCAAGAUUUCCUGAAGACCGUCAACGGCGAGGAGAAGACGGAGAAGCACUAA